UAACUCAAGUGACGACAAUUAACACGAACACGAUGAUUUACUCGUAUACGCCAAAGUUAGUCGCAGCCAUUGGGGGUAUAAUGCUGGUGCUGUGCUUAGCGUCGAUGAGUUGGGCUGAAUCUUUUUCAGCUGCUGCUGGUGACCAAGUUCAGAUCGACGAUCUCAUUUCCUCCCUCACUUUGGAUGACAACAUUGGGGAACCUCUAAUUCGAAAAGCUCGUCAAGCACCUGGACCAACACCAGCGCCAACUCCUACCCCAACAGGCGAUGAUUUGAACCUUGCGGACGAUGUCAGUGAAGAUUACCCAGUAGUUUUCAAUAUCAUAUUGUUCCUUGCAAUCACUCUUAUCUUGGCCCUAAUUGCUAUCAGUGUAUCACUGGCGACGAUGGACCCUGGACGAGAUUCGCUGAUAUACCGUGUCACUUCUGCUCAAAGAUUCAAGAAAGACAACUAGUGUAUGGAAGAGAAAAAUAUACAGUUUCGUCUCGAUAAGAGUAUACAAUCUCUACACACAUUCCAUAGUUUUCGAUUGUUAAUUUGCGUUGUAGUCAGUCAUUUAGAUUAGUUAAUUACGUGUUAAAUCCACCGUUUAAUUCGAAAAAUUAGCAUUCGUGUAAAUUAGUUCUGUAUAUAUUAUUAAUAUUAUUAUUAUUAUUACGAUAUGUUUCAUCUAGUCUGAGAACGAAAGAGAUACUAAUAAUAAUAUCAUUAAUAAUACGAA